UCUUCACCGCUUCAUGGCGGACCCCCGUUAACGGAGAACCGGAGCCGCGUUCGUUACCCCUCUUUGUUCUUUCUCGACGCCCCGACGUCUCUCGCGCGCCUCCGCCGAGGAGGGGCCGCCGCCGAGGAGGAAGAGGAGGAAGAGGAGGCAGCAACCGGGAGAGGUGUGUUGUUUUACUCCGCGCACGAGCUGAAUGGCGGACCGCGAGGCGUCGUCGGUACCGUUGGAGAUCCGAGCCCGGCUGGCGGAGCUGGAGCUGGAGCUGUCAGAGGGCGACAUCACUCAGAAGGGUUAUGAGAAGAAGAGGUCCAAACUGAUCAGGGCUUUUGUUCCCCAUGCCAGAGGCAUGGAGGAGCCCAUGUCCCACCGGACCCCCCUCGGCCCCUCCUCUGCGGCCCGGUUCCACCGGCGGCGGACCUCCGGCACCAGAGACGAGCGCUACCGAUCAGACGUCCACACCGAGGCGGUGCAGGCGGUGCUGGCGCGCCACAUGGAGCGGAAGGUGGCGGUGCCGAUGCCCUCAAAGAGGCGCUCGCUGGUGGUGCAGACGUCCAUGGACGCCUACACGCCUCCAGGCCUGUCGCCCCUGUGCUCGGACUCGUCGUCGGGCUCGGAGGAGGAGGCGGGGCCUGGUGACGACAUGUCCGGCAUGGAGCACUGGAUGAGUCGCCCCUCCCACUUAGGCCCCGCCCACCUGGGCUCCACCUCCUCCUCGUCCUCGUCCACGCAGAGCGGCGGCAGCGGCAACGCGGGCCGGCUGGCCGACUCGCUGGCGCACGCGCACAUCUCGCACCUAGGACACACACACCUGGGCCACACACACCUGGGCCACACACACCUGGGCCAGCUGCAUCACCAGCAGAGCCACCUGUCGCAGUCGCACCACGGUAUCGGCCACCUGUCCCUGAAGAGGAAGGGGGCCCUCGGCGUGGUGGAGAAUGGGGCGUCUCUGCGCCGCUCCUGUGAGUUUGGCUCUGACAUGUUGUGGCCGCCGCCGCUGGAGUCCGACGAGAACCACUCCGCCCCUCCGGACGUGACGGGCUACUCGUCUGACUCCUCCCACUCCCGCCACCGCAUGGCCAACAUGGGAACCAUCGCCAGGAACACGCAGAAGUACGGCAACGCCGAGCGCAUGGAGACGGGCGACGGUGUGACACCAGUGGCUAAGAUCCAGCAGCUGGUGACCACCCUGAAGCAGCCGCGCAGACCUCCACUCAGGGAGUUCUUUGUGGACGACUUUGAUGAGCUGCUGGAGGUCCAGCAGCCGGACCCCAACCAGCCGCGGCCGGAGGGGGCGGAGAUGCUGCCGGUCCGCGGCGAGCCGCUGGGCGUGGUCACCAACUGGCCGCCGUCCCUGGAGGCGGCGCUGCAGCGCUGGGGGACCAUCUCCCCCAAGGCGCCAUGCCUCACCAGCCUGGACACGGCGGGGAAGCCCCUCUACGUCCUCACGUACGGAAAGCUGUGGUCUCGCAGCAUCAAACUUGCGUACAACAUCCUCCACAAACUGGGCAGCAAACAGGAGCCAAUGGUCCGACCGGGUGAUCGGGUGGCGCUGGUGUUCCCUAACAACGACCCCGUGGCCUUCAUGGUGGCCUUCUACGGCUGUCUGCUGGCUGAGGUGGUCCCGGUUCCCAUCGAGGUCCCCCUGAGCCGCAAGGAUGCCGGCAGCCAGCAGAUUGGGUUCCUGCUGGGCAGCUGUGGCGUUACCGUGGCGCUGACCAGCGACGCCUGUAACAAGGGCCUCCCCAAGAGCGCCACCGGGGAGAUCCCCCAGUUCAAAGGGUGGCCCAAGCUGCUGUGGUUCGUGAUGGAGUCGAAGCAUCUGUCCAAACCCCCCAGAGACUGGUUCCCCCACAUCAAGGACGCCAACAACGACACGGCGUACAUAGAGUAUAAAACCUGUAAGGACGGCAGCGUGUUGGGAGUCACGGUGACGAGGGUCGCUCUGCUCACACACUGCCAGGCUCUCACCCAGAGCUGCAGCUACACCGAGGCGGAGACCAUCGUGAACGUUCUGGACUUCAAGAAGGACGUAGGCCUGUGGAACGGAAUCCUGACGAGUGUGAUGAACAUGAUGCACGUGAUCAGCGUGCCCUACUCGCUGAUGAAGGUCAACCCUCUGUCGUGGAUCCAGAAGGUCUGCCAGUACAAAGCCAAGGUGGGCUGUGUGAAGUCCCGGGACAUGCACUGGGCUCUGGUCGCCCACAAGGACCAGAAGGACAUCAACCUGAGCUCGCUGCGCAUGCUGCUGGUGGCCGACGGCUCCAACCCCUGGUCCAUCUCCUCCUGCGACGCCUUCCUCAACGUCUUCCAGACCAAAGGACUCCGAGCCGACGUCAUCUGUCCCUGUGCCAGUUCACCUGAGGCCCUGACGGUGGCCAUCAGGAGGCCGGUGGAGGACAGCAGCCAGCCUCCGGGCCGUGGCGUCCUGUCCAUGCAGGGUCUGACCUACGGGGUCGUCCGGGUGGACACGGAGGAGCGGCUGUCGGUGCUGACGGUGCAGGACGUGGGCACGGUGGCGGCUGGAGGCCUGGUGUGUGUGGUGAAACCUGAAGGCGUCCCUCAGCUCUGUCAGACCGACGAGAUCGGAGAGUUCUGCGUCUGCUCCGUCGCCACGGGAACCUCCUACUACGGCCUCACCGGCAUGACCAAGAACACCUUCGAGGUCCACCCGGUGAGCGCCAGCGGCGGGCUGGUGAGCGAGUACGCCUUCGUGCGGACCGGCCUGCUGGGCUUCAUCGGCCCCGGCGGCCUCGUCUUCAUCACGGGGAAGAUGGACGGGCUCAUCGUGGUCAGCGGGCGGCGCCACAACGCCGACGACAUCGUGGCCACGGCGCUGGCGGUGGAGCCCAUGAAGUUUGUCUACAGGGGCAGGAUAGCAGUCUUCUCUGUGACGGUGCUGAGGGACGAGAGGAUCGUGGUGGUGGCGGAGCAACGACCCGACUCCACCGAGGAGGACAGCUUCCAGUGGAUGAGCCGCGUGCUGCAGGCCAUCGACAGCAUCCACGCGGUGGGCGUGUUCUGCCUGUCUCUGGUCCCGGCCAACACUCUCCCUAAGACCCCUCUGGGUGGCAUCCACCUGUCGGAGAUCAAGCAGCUGUACCUGGAGGGGGGGCUGCACCCCUGCAACGUGCUCAUGUGCCCCCACACCUGCGUCACCAACCUGCCCAAACCACGGCAGAAACAACCAGAGAUCGGACCUGCCUCUGUGAUGGUGGGGAAUCUGGUGUCGGGGAAGAGGAUCGCUCAGGCCAGCGGGAGAGAUCUGGGUCAGACGGACGACAACGACCAGUUCCUGUUCCUGUCGGAGGUUCUGCAGUGGAGGGCUCAGACCACACCGGACCACGUCCUCUACACCCUGCUCAGCUCCCGGGGGGCGGUGUCGAGCUCCCUCACCUGCCUGCAGCUCCACAAGAGGGCGGAGCGAGUGGCGGCUCUGCUGAUGGAGAGAGCCGGUCUGCAGGAGGGGGACCACGUGGCCCUGGUCUACCCACCAGGUAUCGACCUGAUCGCAGCCUUCUACGGCUCCCUGUACGCCGGCUGCGUGCCCAUCACGGUGCGGCCGCCUCACCCUCAGAACAUCUCCACCACGCUGCCCACCGUCAAGAUGAUCGUGGAGGUCAGCCACUCGGCGUGCGUGAUGACCACGGCCGUCAUCUGCAAGCUGCUGCGCUCCAAAGAGGCCACGGCCACCGUGGACAUCAGGAACUGGCCUCCCGUCCUCGACACGGAUGACCUGCCAAAGAAGAAGCCUCCAGCUCUCUUUAAGCCCACCAACCCCGACGGUCUGGCUUAUCUGGACUUCAGCGUGUCCACGACCGGCAUGCUGGCCGGAGUCCAGAUGUCCCACAAUGCCGUUGGAGCCUUCUGCCGCUCGGUCAAGCUGCAGUGUGAGUUGUACCCGUCCAGAGAAGUGGCCAUCUGUCUGGACCCGUACUGCGGCCUCGGCUUCGUCGUCUGGUGUCUCUGCAGCGUGUACUCGGGCCACCAGUCCAUCCUCAUCCCUCCGGUGGAGCUGGAGAGCAACCCGGCCCUGUGGCUGCUGGCCGUCAGCCAGCUGAGGGUCCGGGACACUUUCUGCUCCUACAGCGUCAUGGAGCUGUGCACCAAGGGGCUGGGCCUGCAGACGGAGGGGCUGAAGGCCCGGGGUCUGGACCUCCGAGGGGACCCCCUGUCCCGGGUCCGGGCCUGCGUGGUGGUGGCGGAGGAGCGGCCCCGCAUGUCGCUCACACACUCCUUCUCCAAGCUCUUCAAGGCGCUGGGCCUCCACCCGCGCUCCGUCAGCACCGCCUUCGGCUGCAGGGUCAACCUGGCCAUCUGCCUGCAGGGCGCGUCGGGACCGGACCCCACGACGGUGUACGUGGACAUGAGAGCGCUGCGUCAUGACAGGGUCCGGCUGGUGGAGAGAGGGUCUCCUCACAGUUUGCCGUUAAUGGAGUCCGGCAAGAUCCUGCCUGGAGUUCGUGUCAUCAUCGCCAACCCAGAGACCAAAGGCCCUCUGGGAGACUCUCACCUGGGAGAGAUCUGGGUGCACAGCCUCCAUAACGGCAGUGGGUACUACAGCGGCUUCGGGGAGGAGGUCCUGCAGUCGGACCACUUCAGCUCCCGGCUGAGCUUCGGGGACACGCAGACCGCCUGGGCCAGGACCGGCUACCUGGGCUUCCUGCGGCGCACCGAGCUCACCGACGCCAGCGGGGAGAGGCAUGAUGCUCUCUUCGUGGUGGGGGCUCUGGAGGAGGCCAUGGAGCUGAGGGGGAUGAGGUAUCAUCCCAUCGACAUCGAGACCUCCGUCAUCCGAGCCCACAAGAGCAUCAUGGAGUGCGCCGUCUUCCCGUGGACCAACCUGCUGGUGGUGGUGGUGGAGCUGGAGGGCUCCGAGCAGGAGGCCCUGGACCUGGUUCCCAUGGUGACCAAGGCGGUGCUGGAGGAGCACUACCUGAUCGUGGGCGUCGUCGUGGUGACGGACAUCGGCGUCAUCCCCAUCAACUCGCGCGGCGAGAAGCAGCGAAUGCACCUGAGAGACGGCUUCCUGCAGGACCAGCUGGACCCCAUCUACGUGGCCUACAACAUGUAGUGUGUGGGAGUGUGUGUGUGUGUGUGUGAGUGUGUGUGUGUGUGUGUGUGUGAGUGUGUGAGCAUGCCGUGUAUUUCACUGUUGUUGUUCAUUUAUUUCCCAGAAUUCCGAUGUUCUGUAUUUUUUAACCUGCGUGUCGUUAAGUUGUUUUCUUUAAAGUCGUGUCGGACCGAUUGGUUGAUUAGUUAAUUGGUUAAUUUAUUGAUUGGUUAAUCGGCUGAUUGGUUAAUGUGUUGGCUGAUUGAUUGGUUGAUUGGUUACUUGAGUGAUUAAUGUAUUGAUUGGUUAAUUUUUUUAUUUGUUGAUUGAUUGGUUAAUUGAUUGGUUGAUUGAUUGGUUAAUUGGUUGCUUGCUCAGUGUCCUCUGAGCGUGUGGCCUUCGGGGAACACUGUUUAGGAGGUAAACGUAGAAAAGAGAUCAAUAGUGUCUGUCAUCAUGUUUCACUGGUCCAAUCAAAACAACAACAAACAAACAAACAACAUAUUUAAAUUUAAAUUAGAACCGGUGCAGCCAGAUAACUGUAAAAAAUAUAAAUAUUGUACAUAGACAUAAUAAUCUAUAUGGAGAGGUACCGGAAACACGACAAGGUGUAGUAGCCCCUAUAUGCAGCUCUCCAGUGUGUGUGUGUGUGUGUGUGUGUGUGCGCGUGUGCGUGUGUGUGUGUGUGUCAGGGACGUUUUAAUGUGAUUCACGCAGCGGAAGAACAAAUAAGACAUUUUUUAAUUUUUUAUUUAAACCCUGAAAGUUUAAGAAAACAAACUAUGAAUUAUUUUGGUUUAAUAUUAAUACACUAAUCCGCCACCAGGGGGCUCUGAGUCCAAACCACCACAACAGACGUAGUUUGGUGAAGCAGCGCGGCAUCAUGGGAGUUGUGGUCCUCACCGCAGUUUAUUUCAUCAUUUAUUGAUCAUAAUAAUUAGAUACGAUCAGAACAAUGUGACGGGAAGCUGCUCAGGUGAGCGAAUGAAGCGCACCUCCAACACUACAGUGACACAUUUCACCUUUAAAUCAUAAUUAGCAGUCAAAAUAUCUUUUAUUUUCACUUUAAAUAAUUUUCAGUAAACGUGAUGAAUUGAGUCCCUCAAGUAAAGAAUAAUAUUAUUAUUAUAAUAAUUAAUAUAAUAAUAUUCAUAAUAAUAUUAUUAUAUUAUUAUAAUUAUUAAUAUUUAAGGACUUCACUCAAACAUGAUGACGUCGUUUUUAUGCAGAUUACAAAGUGGCUCAGUUUGUUGGUAGCAGAUUAGUCCCUGUGUGUGUGUGUGUGUGUGUGUGUGUGUGUGUGUGUGUGUGUGUGUGUGUGUGUGUGUGUGUGUGUGUGUGUGUGUGUGUGUGUGUGUGUGUGUGAGAGAGUGUGUGUGAGUAUGUGUGUGUGUGUUGUAUGUACAUAGUGUUGAUUUUGUACGGUACAGGUGUGUGUGACUUGUUUUGUACACAUGAUAAAAAGAUGAAAUAACACUUUUAUAAGAGCUGCUAUUGGCUCACGUCACACUAUACGGGGCAAUAAAGUGCUUUGAUUGGCU